AUGCCACUUGAACGUUCCCCAUACCAAGACCCAAGAACAUGGAAAAUGACUCCAGCGAUGAUUAGAGCACGUAAGCCCUUUUUUAAAGGUAAUAUGAUUGGUCUAGCAGCAUUUACAGGUUUGUCGGUGGGUAUCUACUUUUACACAUAUAGCUUCCUACAUAAGGAUAACGAUUUUAGCGAUGUUCCUAUACCACCUGUCAGUGAGGAAGAAUUGGCUCAAUUGAGGAAGGAGUUUGAGCAGGAGAGGCAGAAUAGACAAUGA